UCCAUACUCACCACAAUCGCGAGUAACACUUUGUACAAGUUGGUCUUACAGUGGACAAACCAUGGUCUGACCUGGCGGACAAUCAUCUCUGGCGACCGAACUGUAGUGACAAUCAUCAUCUGCUCUAACGAUCACGAACCAAUCUCUGCUUUGGCCGGGUAAUGCAGUCCAUCCCCACUGAUUAUGGAUUCGAAAGCCACUCUGGGCAUCCAAAAAGCCGUCUGGGACGGAAGGUUGCCGUUACAGAUCACCUUGGCUCCAUCCGAGAGCCGCACCUAUGAUCAGACAGAUCCAUAUCUUAUCUCCUGCCCUCGUAUCUCAUACCUGCCAUCACUAUUACCAAGGUUGAGGGCUUUCUUUACCUCCUCCUUGAUUGAUCCCAGCUCCCGUGCUCACGAAGGCUGGUUCUCCUUCGAGGGCGUUCCCCUGAAGUGGCAUUAUCCUGUUGGCCUUCUCUAUGACCUUUACGCUGGAGCUGACCCUGCCUCCAAAGGAGGCGCCGAUACCGACCUGGCAUCCACGGAUCAAGACCCAUUACCAUGGUGUCUGACUGUGCAUUUUAGCGACUGGCCAGAUGAAGAACUUGUCCGGCUUGAUGCAGAGGGGGUAGUGAUGCACGACGCGUUUAUUAACAGCGUCAAGGAAGCGGAUUUUCUAAGGAAUGGAACAGCCAAAGGAAUCAUGACUCUGUCAAAAGAGGAUUCUGGGGGGCUUUGGGAGGCUGUUCGAGAUGUGGACCUCCCAUCUUUCCAGCGAAUAUCCAACAUCCUAAUCCCACCACCAUCGCAACCUUUUCGCAACGUCCCGAUUCGACUUUUUCUUCCCCUUCCCCCGGACUCAGGAUCACCUUCUCUUAAAGUGGUUCAGUCACCCAUCCCGCCAUUCAUUCCGCCAGCCUCCGCAUCUGCAAUUAUCGCAGCAAGUCAAUCCAUCCUAACUACAAGAGGACCUCAACCGCAGACCAUAGGAUCCGCAUUGCACUCGCUACUACCGCAUCUGUUUCCCAGUCGGAGGACCCCUGUCUUGGCGAAGCCCGUGCUGCAUGGGGCAGCAGUGCCCAUGGGGGCACCGGUGGAGGAAGUGGUGAGAUGCUCGGGGUAUGGUGAUGGGUGGGUUUAUAUUGUGAUCAGAAUGAUGGGAUAAUAUGUUGGGACACAGAGUCUUCGUUCCGUCUGUUCUCCAGAUGGCCAGCGGAUUUCCGUUUUGGCCUACUGGUAUGAACUUAACAUAAUAUAUUGAUUGCCUCAUCGGCGAGGCUCAACUGCAAUUAGCCAGCCUGUCAGCCUGUCAUGCCGGACAUUGCUAUUAGAUAGCGUCGACUUAUCCUAAUCCUCCGAGUCAUAUGUAC